UCGGGGUAACUGAUGUCCUCCAAGCCCUCCUCUGCCCCCAAAUCCCCAUGGCCACUCCUCUAGGGACUCUGCAUAAUGAUGCAGUUUUGCUCUUGUUGCCCAGGCUGGAGUCCGAUGGCACGAUCUCCACUCACUGCAACCCCCACCUCCCGAAUUCAGGCGAUUCUCCUGAAUCCUGAAUUCUCUGAACUGGGAUUACAGUCAUGCACCACCAUGCCCAGCUAAUUUUGUACUUUUUGGUAGAGACGGGGUUUCUCCAUGUUGGUCAGGCUGGUUUCAAACUCCUGACCUCGGAUGAUCCACUCGCCUCAGCCUCCCAAAGUGCUGGGAUUACAGGCGUGAGCCACCGGGCUUUCCCACACUUUGAUGAGCAUCAGAAUGGCCUGAGGAGCUUGGUCGUUCAGAUUCUAGGAGAUAAGUUUCCAUGCACUUUGGUGGCACAGAAAAUUGACCUGCCGGAGUACCAGGGGGAGCCGGAUGAGAUUUCCAUACAGAAAUGUCAGGAGGCAGUUCGCCAGGUACAGGGGCCCGUACUGGUUGAGGACACCUGUCUGUGCUUCAAUGCCCUUGGAGGGCUCCCCGGCCCCUACAUAAAGUGGUUUCUGGAGAAGUUAAAGCCUGAAGGUCUCCACCAGCUCCUGGCCGGGUUCGAGGACAAGUCAGCCUAUGCGCUCUGCACGUUUGCACUCAGCACCGGGGACCCAAGCCAGCCCGUGCGCCUGUUCAGGGGCCGGACCUCGGGCCGGAUCGUGGCACCCAGAGGCUGCCAGGACUUUGGCUGGGACCCCUGCUUUCAGCCUGAUGGAUAUGAGCAGACGUACGCAGAGAUGCCUAAGGCGGAGAAGAACGCUGUCUCCCAUCGCUUCCGGGCCCUGCUGGAGCUGCAGGAGUACUUUGGCAGUUUGGCAGCUUGACUUCUGCAGCUGGAGGAGGCCCCUCAGGCCAGGGAUCUGGGGAGGGCUAGCCCAAAACCUCCCGCAUCGGGCAGGCACCCCUUGAAGUACUUCCUUCAGGGUUUCCCCUUUGUGGGGGUGUCGAGUAGCCUCACCGGCCUGUCUGGAGGAGCAGGUGGCUCUGCUCUGAGAAAUUCUGGCAGGUGGACGCCAUUCUCUUGCCCUUAGGAUUCACUGCUCUCUCCUGCAGCCCCCAGGCCUGGGGUCCUGAAAGGACCUUGGGUGGUAAAGCUGUACUUGCUGGGAGUGAGGGCUUGGGGAGGAACCAUGCAAAUCGCCUUCCAUGUUUUUAAAAUGCAAUAAAUAACAUUUCUGGAUGAGACUUGUUUCCAAAAUAAACCAGCUAUAUCUGUUUUGAA